AUGCUUUCGACGGAGUGUCUAAUUUUCUUGUUGUGCGCUGCGUCAGCAUCGAUUUCUCAAACUGACUGGGAUCUCGAAGAUAAAAUUUACGUGGAAGUUUCCUCAGCAAGCUAUGAGAAAGCCAUAGCCACAGCACAAGAGCUGGUCUCGAAUAACAAAAGCACCGUAGUACGCGAUGCAGUGAAAUUAUUAAUGCACAACAAAGUCCGAAAUUCAAUGGAAUUCGCUUACAAAGUGUGGCAGUCCGGCAAUACGGAGAUUGUAAAAAAACAAUUCCCGGUUGCGUUUGAGACAAUUUUAGGCGGAGAUUAUGUGAACUUCAUAGACUAUGAAUACGGGAAAGCUUUAAAGCUCGGCUACAAAACAGAUCGGAAUGCCGAGAGAACAGCUUACGGCGAUAAGUACGAGAGGAUCAGUAACAUAGUUGCGUGGAGGUUAUUGCCUUUUUGGGAAGACGGUAGACUAUUUUUCAAGAUUCUUAAUAAGGAAUACAACGAAUAUUUGAAGCUGGAUACGAUUAUAAAUCACGCAGGGGACCACAGGGCGUUUGCUGGCAGUUCGCCUUCGGAUGCCGCGUACCACUGGUACCUUCACCCAGUUGAUUUUUUGGACCGGACCUUGUUUUUUGUCUAUAACAGGCAAUACAGACAGGCCCUGAAGCUGAGUCGUCAGACCGGUCUGGACAGAGAUUACAAUGUUGUCGGACACAAUGGCGACGCCAUUAACGACCUCGAUAUCCACGCUUGGUCCGUUUCGUCGUUGUGA